UAUAAUAAUAGUGUUCGAAUUUUUCCCAAGCUUCUUACAAACUUUUUAGUCGCCUCACUUAGAGCCUGUUCUCACCUAUUUUACUCUCACUCUGUCAAAUAAGAGACAUUCUACGAUAGAAAAAAUAAUUGAACAUGGCAAGUACAGGUACGUCAAUUCUCUCUGAAAGCCUCAACACUAGCUGUAUGAGCAACUACGAGUGGCAGUACCAGCUAGAAGAUCUCCCUAACGAGCUACUGACUCUUAUCCUAGGAUACCUACCGCUGCCGGACCUCGCUAAAACCCGUUUGGUAUGCUCAAGACUGCAGAAGCUAGUGGAUGACAAUGGCUGCAGACACCUCUGGGCCCGUGCUACACUAGAGGGUGACUGUCUCUGGCUAACCAACGAGAACAAGACCCUCAUACAAAGAGCUGCUGAGCAUGGCAAUGUGGAGGCUCUCAUCAUGUUGGCUGUGGCCCACCUCUACAGUGAAGGAGUUUCUGAAGGCUCUGGCAAAGGAACAUACGAGGCGACCAAUGGGAUUAAGGCGACAGAGCACCUGAUCCGAGCGGAGCAGCUCACCCCUCACAUCCCUCCCUUCUCCUGGGUGCUCUUCCGACCACCAUGGGCCUCCAACAGCAUGUGCUGUAAGGCGUGUGUCUGUCAGAGAAUGAAGGACCAUUGUGCCAGCUUUGACACUGACUCCACUGGACUACACUACUGUAUUGGGAAAGUGCUUGGUUUCCAUGAUGAUGCGGCCGAAGUGGCAGAUGCCACUCAGUGGUUCGAACAAGGCUCUCAGGCAGGUUGCAUCCACUCCAAACUGGAAACGUGGAGAAGAACUCACAAGAAAAAACUUUUGGCGGAAUCCCUGGAGCCACUUCGUGAGCUCAGAACGACUGUGUCCCAGGCGAGCUUCCCCUCGUCCCUACUGAGUGCCCAACUGGAGCUAUGCUCUGCCUAUGUUAGAGGAUUCUAUGGUGGUCACAGCAGGACAGAGGCGAUGGGUUUUGUGAGGGAAGUGUUUGGACAGGCCAAAGCUGUGCUCUGGGAGCGUGUGUACCAGCUACAGGAGAACAUGUCCCACAAUGUCAGAUACAUCCUAAUCGACUGGAUUAUCGAAGUUGCUGGCAUGAAAUCGUUCUCUCCCCAAACAGUUCACUUAGCUGUCAGCAUUAUCGAUCGCUAUCUACUCCAACGCACCAUUCCUCGCUCAAAGCUGCAGCUGCUCGGGAUCACUGCUCUCCUAUUGGCCGCUCGCUGGAGUAGUGAGUUCAUUCUGACAGUGCGAGAGGCGUCGUGGUUGACUGAGGAGACGUAUCAGUAUGAGGACGUGGUGAGAAUGAUGGGAGGACUCGUGGCCACCUUCAAGGGGGAGGUCAAGAAGGAGAUGAUCACUGACUACCUGGACGUGGUGCUGGACCUGGUGGAGGCAGACUCCUCCACUAGGAACAUGACCUACUACCUCUCAGAGUGUCUGCUCCUCCACGCACGCUUUGGACGCUACUCAGCCUCACAUCUUGCUGCUGCCUGUCUCCUGGAGGCAAGGAUACUCCUCGGAGUAGAGUUCCCCUGGCCUCAGAGGAUGGUAGAGGCUACUGGCUUUGCUGUGAGUGGCCUAAAGCGAUGUUGUCUGGCCAUCUAUGAUGAGUGUCUCACUGACAAGAACUUGAUACUGGACUACCGCAAGGUCAAGCUGGAGUCAGUCACUGCUAGGUAUGCCAGUGACACAUUUGGAGGCAUCAGCAAACACAAGCCAAUGUCGUACGCCGAGUUCAAGGAACAAUUAGGAAUGCAUCCGGACGCAUCUUUACAGCUCUUCACACCCACCCCCAAACCACAUCGCCAUAGCAGCAAACGGGAUAAGCUCCUCUCAUUCCUAUCCGACAACUGCUACCUCAACCAAGUAUCUCCAACACUCAGCUCCGAUUCCAGCACCAAUUGUUCAGAUAUCGGUGAUGACCAAUUGAGCUACCCUUCAGAGGAAUCGCAAUCCCCGAAUCAAGUUCAUUUCAGUGCCUCAGAACUCGAUGCCAUUUCUUCUCCGUAUAGUUCUUCCUACUGCUCUAUCACAAUUAACCCCACUGGCUCUGGAUUCCCACAACCGAUAUUUGACAAUGACGAAUCUGCUCUCUCUAGCCCACCAAAUCGAAGCCUUAAGAGGAUAAAUGUGUCUGUUUUCAAACCCCUGGCUUGUGCUGAUAAAGACAAAACAAGUGAGCACAUGGAAACCGAAGACACUCUAUUCUCCCAGUGCAAUGGAGCUGAAGACACUCCUCUCGAUAUGCGAGCACUCACCACUGGUCUAGUUGGCCCCACCCCGACCUCAAUGCAAGGCUCUGAAGAAACACUCAUGAAUUCUCCGAAUGGCUGCCAUUCUGUAACAAGUAAACAAUUCUCGAAAACUUUCAAAUCAUUCGAAGAGCCAGAAAAACCAAAUACAAGAGUUGCACUUCAGUCUGUUGAGAACAAUAUUCCAUCACCAUCGUUUGGAGGCAAGGUUAACAGGAAAACAGACUCUGAAAGUGGCUUGAGAAAUGUUGGUUUUAGGACAUACUCGUUUAGGAAUUAACUCAAUGACAGUUAGGUAUACCACAAUGUACAUGUGUUUGUGCGUCUUUUUCUUGUGUUCUUUACUGUAUAAUUAAGUAUGGAGAGCUUCCAAA